AUGAGCCGUACCUCAGGAGAAAUGCAGCGCCUCAUAUUAGUGUCCUGGAUGCUGUCGCAGAUCCAUGUACAGCGUGUGGAAAUGACCCUUCCUGCGCCGCUGACAGAGAAUUGGGUGAACCCAAUGCCUCCUCCUCCUCGGUUCCACGUUCAGCAUAGUAGGCUGCUGUUCCUGUUCCCGAGAAAUCAGCCAGCACAAGAGAACCAGUUCCUCCUCAGCCAUGAUACAACAGAAAAUUGUAGCCACAAUCCAAUGUCUGCCAAACACAGGAUUCCAACAAGAUACCAAAAUUGUCAUAAUGAGCUUCCUGUAAGAGUUCUCAACAGAUGUGCCCGUCAGAUCUCUGUAAGCUGGGCACAAGAACGUACGUGUUUGGAAUUUCUACAACCCAUGAAAUUUGCAACAAUGGCAGGCAUGAUUCCCUCAGACAGACGUUCCGCCUGGUCACGGUCACAUCAUGUGAACAACAAUUAUGAGGUAGAAGAUGCACUAGCUCUAAUAAUGUCAGUAUCAGAAUUCACUUUCCAAGAUAUGGAUAAUGCUUUUUGGGAAGAGGGUUGUACUAUGGAGAUGAUACAAAACUGGCUGAAGGAUUGCAGCAGGCCACUACUGCGACCAGAGCGAGACCCUCCUGCAGUGACUCAGUUACAGCAUCACACAUUACACUAACUAAUGCAAUGCUCUUCUGUGGGAAUCCUUUUCUAGGCCUAUUA